GGGACACGCUGUGUUAUAACAGAAACGCUUUAAGAAUGACGUCCUAAACCACAUUAGCUGUUUUAGCGCGUAUCCGCUUGGUAUGCUUUGACACAGGGGGAAGAAGCCCUGAAUGUACACAACAGUCAGACAAGCAGGUAAAGACAAUGCUUUCUCCCACUGAGGCAGACGACGAUGAGGUGGAGGAGGAAGUGGAGUUUGUAUCGGAGGGUCCCCUCAGACCGGUGCUCGAAUGUAUUAAUCUGCUGAGUGAUAGUGAGGAGGAGGGAAGUUCACCAACAGCAGAUGUGAUUGAAGAUCAGAUCAACCGUCAUAAAUCACGUGUUGCAUCUACUUUGGACAGAUUAGCACAGCAAGUGGCUGUGGAGAAACAGGAGAGAGCUGAUAAAUGUCGAGCCUUCAAGGAGAAGGAAAUCUCACAAAAAGCUCAUGGACAGCGAGAGCUGGCCUUUAAUUCCAGAAAUGGAAGUAAUCAGGAUGCAAAGCACUGUGUCGACAUGUGGCUUAAGAUGCCAGGUCUUCGACCUGGAGUGGUCAGUGGUGGGUCUGACAGAAGGCGCAGAUCUUCUUUCCCCAGCAACAGUUCAACUAAUCACGUCUGUCCAGUGAUUAACUGUGGUCGAGUCUAUGAGAGUGUGCCUCUCCUCGAAGGUCACUUAAAAAGGUUUGAUCACUCCCCUUGCGACCCAACCAUCUACCUUAAAGGAAACCCAUCUGAGCUUUACGCUUGUGUCGCUUGUGGCAGGCGUUUUCCAACUAAGCAGGAAUGGAGGACCCAUCUUCAGUCUAAGGUGUCGUCAUCCAAUGCUGAGGGCCACACCAUCAGCCAGACCUCUCUGGUGAUUGUGUGCUUUGCCUGUCCUGCCUGCUAUCUCCUCUUCAACCUCCAGGAUCAAUGCCUUCAGCACAUGUCAGCCAAAAACCACUUCACAGAGUCACUUCCCAUGAAUGCUGCCAGAGGAAGACGAUUGCCAGUUCCUAUCCCACAAUAUGCUAAGAAUCGUCUCAUGGCUUUGUGCAAAGAUGUUACUUUCAAUGUCCGAUGCACUAUAUGCCGGAAAAUACUGACCACGCAUCAAGCAGCUCAAGCACACUUCAACGUUUAUUGCAGACAGGGCUGUGCUGUUGCCGAGGCUGACAAAACAAUAGUGCAGAUAAUGAAGCAGCUGCAAGUGCAAGGGCAGUGCUCCCUCUGCUGUAAGAUCUUCUUCAACAAAGUUGAAAUUGAGAGACACAAAGAGUUGACCCAGCAUGAUGUGGAGGUUAAUGAAACAAUGGAGAAAGCGAUUCUUCAGUACUGCAGUUUCAGUGAAAUUCAAAAUGCCAAGAGGGCGAAAGAAGCAAAGGAGAGAGGACUUCCCAGAGGAGCUGAAGUACCACAUCAAAAGAGAGACAAAAAGACUUGUAAUUCUGGAGAAAUGCCAGCCAAGCGGCAGAGGCUAAGCCAAAGUGUUGAUGGCAGUGCUAACAGAGCCAGGCACUCGACACUAGCAUGGUUCUGUGAGUGCGGUCUACGUUUCUCAGAAGAGGCUUCAGCCAGUAAACAUCUCUUGGCUGUGAACCAGAUCUUUCAUCAAUGUGGUGUGUGUGGCAAACACAUGGGUGAGUCCUCAAUCGCCCGCCUGCACAUGAGUCGCUUCCAUGGAGGGGCGCAUCUCUCCAACUUCCUCUACUACUGCCGCUUGUGCAAAGUGGACAUGCCUCGGUAUGCAGACAUCCUGUCCCAUGUGUCAGAGGCUCACAGUGGUCAUACCUACUUUACUGAAAGAGAAGUGUCUGAGGAACCUGCUGCAGUCAUUGAUGCCAAGCCAUCCACCAGCGGCGGAGUCACUUUACAUACGGACUCCAAGGCCACAGUUUUGCCAACCACAGCAAGAGCGUCUUCCUCAAAACUAGUCCAAUCAUGGAUGUGCAGGAUGUGUGAGGACAUCUUUGACUCUGAAGCAGCCGUCCACAAACACUGCAGUGAUGUGACCAGCCACAGUUUCCAGAGGUUCGUCUGCGGCCACUGCCCUCAGAAAUUCUUUAAGGAGUCCACCAUGCGCAGGCAUUGCAUGAAUGAGCAUGAGGGGCAGAUAAAGUGCUCUUACUUCUGUGGACUCUGCGACAGCAUGCAGUUUGAAUCUGAAGAUGAGUUCUCAGAGCACUACAAGAGUCUUCAUAGUAAGGACUACUACUGCAUGGAUGACGCUGAAGUUGAUAAUUCUGCUCCAGCUGAAAGCACUGGCCAGCUUGAGUGCUUGUGCCCAUGCAUGGGCUCAGAGAAGAGCAAAGAAGAAAGGAAGGCUACGUACACACAGUGCAUGAGGAAUCUGGCCAAUGAGAGAAAAUGUCAAUACGUGUGUGCUCCUUGUGGUGUAUCUGUGAACUCCUUUGCACAGAUAAAGACCCAUGUCCAUACAAAACACACAGCUUUGAACCUGGAGAAGACAUUUGAUGUUGAAUGCAGCACUUGCCAGGAGAGCUUUAUGGGUGUACCGAGUUUCCAUAAACACUACCAUUCCCAACACUGUAGACUGGAACCUUGCCUGAGCUCUAAGGCCUGUGGGGGAGAGAAGAAAGCAGAGCCCACCCCUGUCAAAAUACUCAGUGCUGUGGAGAUCAAACCAGAGGAGAUUGAAGAUGACAAGCUGGCUACGGUUUUGAACUUGGAUAAGGCCAAAAAAGAAAGUGAUACCCCUGAAGAUGAGUUAGAUGAGGAGAUGAAGCAAGCAUUGGCUUUGAGCGCAGAAGAAGCAAUAGAGUCAAGAGAGUCUGCAGGGUGUGUCCAACAGACAGCAUCCACCCUGCUGAAUUAUCCUGAAGCAAGGCACUGAAUCCCCACCAGCUUUUAGGACUGUUCUGUUGCUGACCUGCACCCCGUCCUCUUUACGAAGGGGGCCGAGUGAAAAGAGAAAUUCCCUAAGGGGAUCAAUAAAGUAUCUUAUUAAACUGCA